GCCCUGAAUUAAGGUGCUGUCAGCAGGGGCGGCAGGCAUCGACACUGCCUCAUCCUCACUCAUCCUGGCUGAGAAACCAGAAAAAGUGGCAGAACAAGGAGGCGACAAACCCCAGCCCCCCAGAUUACUGUCCUCCACAGUCACCGGCGCCGACCCAGUAGGGGGUGGUAGUUGCCGUCUGUCUGCCUGCAAGGCCUCCACUUCACCCCGCAAAUCAGCCAAGGCGUCCAACACAACUGACCAAGGGGGAGGAGCAGGAGAAGUGCCGCGGGAACCACGUGCGUCAGCACUGUUACGUAAUCUCACGCAACCAUGCCUCCCACUCAAGCGACGAGAUGAAUGAUCCCUGUGCCUGUCGUCGUCAUCUUGAGGGUGAACAGUGGACCCAGGGAGAGGAGAAGGCCCACAGAAGGCACGUGGGGCAGGAGGGGAAGGGGAUCGAGAGGCAGAGGACGCUUCACCAGACUCCGACAUGGCUGCCGCACUGCGAUAAGGAGAACAAAGCCCCAUGAAGAAAGCAGGAUGGAGUCCCAACCGCAGCAGGCUGUCUCCAGCAAUGACACCCUGGUGCUGGUGGGGCGAAGGGCCAGCCCUAUAAAUUCCCUAGAGCGUGAGCACCUCAAUAAGCUUGUACGGAAUGAAAUUAUCUUAGCCAAUGAGAGCACAGAUGGGAAAGUCAUGGCCAUGAAAAAAUUAGCAUGGGAGAGGGUUGCCCUCCAUUUUAAUGCAGCUGGAUAUUGUGAGAAGAGAACAGUAUAUCAGCUGCAAAAAGUAUGGGAGCGCAUUAAAGGAAAGGCUAAACAUAAACAUGCUAAUGUCAAAUGUAAAUCAUGUAAAACUGGUAGUGGUGCAGCUCCUCCUCCCAUCCCUGAAGCAAGUGCCAAUAAGGUGCUCACCAUUCCAGGCACAUAAACUGAUGACAUUGGCUGUGAUUUUGACAGUGAUGCUGUCAGAUCUGUCCAGAGAAAAGAAGCAGUGCAUCCUGUAACUUCAUAUAAGGAGAUCAUACCACAGGAAGAGUAGGUGCUAGCUACAUGUGGGUACUCCAGUAUCUGGAUGCACCACCUCCAAAUCCUUGGAGAUGCCAACAUCUUUACCCAAAGUUAGUGUACAGAAUCGUGCAUUAUUACUUUUUACAGAAUGAAUAUCAUUGUACAAUAAGGUCCCAGUUUAUAUCAAAGUUAGAUCCCUGGAACAUGACAAGCCAGUUUUGACUACCACCUGAGUUUAUGUACUUUUCAUUCUUGUCAUCAAAGUAGAUAUAUUGUGGUAUUUUCAACAAUUUAAUAUGUCUUUCAUUUAUAUAAGUAUGAUCUCAUGAUAUACUGUAAUGUACAGUGAGAUAAGAUUAUAUAAAAUGAAGUAGUAAGAAUGCAUGAGAAAAGAAUAAUGAGAGAGAGAGAGAGAGAGAGAGAGAGAGAGAGAGAGCAAGACUUAGAUGCAUCCUGGUCACGUACAUAUUCAGCCUGAAACUCCUAAGAGAUUUAGCUGCGCAAUUACUUAAUUUUACACUAUAAAUUUCCUUACUUCCCCUUUUCCAUUAAAUUUGAGACUCAGUAUUUAGAAGAAUUUCUCUUGACAGUGAAGUAAUCAGUAUUCAUCUAGUCUCUCUAAUUUAAUCAGUAGAAUUUUUAGAAUCAAAGACCGCAUGGGGAACAGUGUGUGGGUGGGUGUCCAUGUGUGUGUGUGUGUGUGUGUGUGUGUGUGUGUGUGUGUGUGUGUGUGUCACACUGCCCCCACUUCCUUGUACCCCCUCCCCUUACUGGCAGAGGGAGAGGUGCGUUUUCCACAGUCACUACCCAGCACUUGAAUGGAACAAACAUACUGAGACAUGUUCUAAUAUUUGACAGAGACUAGGAAGGGAUAACAGUUAGUUGGUUUUAGUUGCCUUUAAGGGGAUAAAUGAGUCAUUACCGGUCCAUUUAUAUAGAAUAGGAGUCUCCAAAGUAGUCUACCAGAGACUACUUUGGAGACUCCUAUACUCUGGGUAUGGUGUGUGUAUAAUACACACCAUACCCAGGGAAGUGACUCCUUGGCUGCAUGAGUGUGCAGGCCAAGCUCUCACAGUGAACAGUGAAUGACCCUCCUGUGUGUUCGUGGGCACUCUUUUGUAGUAGUUUCUUGUAUCCCUUGUUAGUGACCCUGUUAUGUUCUAAAUGCUACUGCUGCCUGAUGCAAUUCAGCUGCAGAGGACUUGAGUAAUUAGCCAUGUAGUGAACUUUACUCCCUCCUCAGGUCCUGAUAAGGCCUGGCAUCCAGGGGGCAGUAAACGACACUACUCGGCUUGAGGCCAUAACAUGCCGUUGGACAGUGGGAGGAUUCGUCACAGAGAGUGGAUGUGCAUUUACACAAUUUACACAUGACCCUGUUCUGUGGCAAGACCACCAAAUGAACAACCCAUACACCCAAGUGCCACCAACAUCACUGUGAUGGCACCCACUGUCACCAGCACAACAGAUGGCAAAAGUUGGCACAUUAUCAGAUAACAUAUUUUUUUACUUUAAAAGAAAAGUUGCAGUUAAAGUGAUGUAAUACUACAUAGAUAAUGAAGAAAAUUUGUACAAUCUCCUUUUCAUAUAUCCCUCUCUACAUCCUCCAGCCAGAGAGGAGGAAAAUCUAAUAUAAUAAUAAUGAUAAUUAACAACAACUAGCCAUAACAAAAGCCUUCCAAUUUAGUUUUAUUGACAGAAUAAAAUGCUUUUGUCUUCAGUGUUCUGCUGUCCACCACACUAUAGCAUGUCGCCACUGUUGUGGUGGGUCACAAGGCACAGCCAGUCAUCUGCCACACUACUCGUGCAGGCUUUCUAACUCACCCUGCCAACAUACAUUUUCUUCCUUGAUAUUAACAUGCACAUGCAUUUUCAUUAAUCUCACAAUAAGAUUUAAUUCUUCAAAAUUUUGUUACAGGUCACAGGACAUUUAAAACCAGUCAGCUGUGACGCUGCUCACACAUGCUCACCUACCUCCUCAGUCAUUCAUCCUGCCAACAUAAAUAAAACUCUUAACAUUAACAUUCAUGCACAUUUUUAUUAAUCUUACAAUAAGAUUUGAAUUAUAGUAAACUUUAUUACUGCUAGAUUAUAUCAAUCAUUUACAAAUGUUAAAGAAAAAAAUACCAGCUGCAUUCCUAUCUUUAACAUAAAUAAAAAUAAUUAGUAGAAUCUCUGACUAAUCAAGGAAAAGUUGAAUUGAUGUAGCACAUACCUGCUUUUGUGUUGAAGUUGGAGUCAGAAUUGCCUCUAGAGAUUCUGGGUCUAAAUCUAAACUUCAAGCUGGUGUUGAAUCUCAGAAUUUAGAUGAUUCUCAGGAAGGGGAUGAUUCUUUAGAUGGAGAAUAGAAUUUGGGAUAUGGUUGAGGCAUAGUUGCUGUAUUUAAAGAUUGCUUGGCAGCAUAAUGCUUCAUCUUGUAGAUUUGCCACCAACUAGAUACCACAUAUUCCAUUCCUUUGUAAGCUAGCAAAACAUUCAGUGUUGGGAUCCUGUUCUUCAGAUUCAUCUGUUAUUUUCUUCAGGGAUUCUAAAGGAUAUGCCACUUUUAGUGUGAACUGUUGCAGUGGUUCUGCCUCAUUUUUAUCAUCCUCCACCUGUUUCCCAACUGCCAUCAGAUCUUCAUUGCUCAAUUCCUUAUCUUCAUAUUCAAGAAGCUCAUUUAUGUCAGUUUAAUUAAUGUCAAGAUUUAAGUUAUUUCCAAGUAUACACAGCUACACUUAGCCUCAUGUACACUUUCAUAAUCAAAUCCUUAAAAAUCUCUAAGAUUAGGGCACACAUUUUCCAUGCACCAUUCCUGUUUGACCAUGUCACUUUAGACCAAGACUUUCCUCUUUUUUUCAUACCACUGUAAAAAUUGCAAUCUUUCCAGAAAUCCAUGAGAUUUUUUUUUUUCCCUCCAUUUUCAGUUGCACUGAUUUAUGAACAUGACAUAAGCUGAAACCGACAUAACUUGAGACCUUACUAUAGACAUACACUGAUAAGGAAAAGCAUUGUUAUUGUUACUGUUGUGCUAAAAUUAACCUGAUUAUGGGAUAUUUAGUUUUAGUAAUCCUGGCUUUCAUUAUCUUGCUUGGCAGAGCCAGCUGACAAACACACCUGUGCUCCGAGAGCCAUCAACAUCCCAACACAAUGUAUCCAAAGGACCAGAGGAUGAUGCCAAAAUAACUCAUGAGUAUUGAGUUUAUUGAACCUUGAUGAAAUCUGUUAUUUAAACUUUAUAUUUCAUGUAUAUAUUACAUUCAUAUAAAUGAGUACCAAUUAACACCCUUUGUGACUGCUGGCAUCUAGCCAUAUAUCUAUAUCAAUCUCUUCUUCAUCUUUCCCUCCUCUGUUUCAAUCUGAAGACACCACUGCCAUCUCAUCUACUAUUUCUAAAGCUGAACUCUGUUCAAACCUUUUGCUAAAAACUGUACUCUUGAUGAUUCUGAAUUUGUUCCUCCCUUUCCUCCACCAUCCUACUAUUUCAUACCUCUUAUCAAGAUUCAUGCUGGCUGUAAUCCAUGGAAAGUGUUUGGACCUGAUGGCAUAUUUCCAAUUGUUCUCUAAAACUGUGCCUCUGUGUUUCCACCUUGCCUGGUCAAACUCUCUCACCAUCUACCUUUCUCUUUUUGCUGGAAAUUUGCCAACAUUCAGCCUGUUCCUAAAACAGGUCACUGAUCUAACCCUUCAAACUAUUAUCUUAUUACUUUAAUUCUCUGCUCUUCUAAAGUUUUCUAAUCUAUGCUUAACAGGAAGAUUUUUAAACAACCAUUGUUUCCAUUCUACCAGUGAUCUUCUGGUUUUUCUAACUCAGCCUGUUUUAGGAAUUUUGGUGAAACUGUUGCUUUAGACAUAUCAAAAGCAUUUGAUAAAGUCUAGCUUAAAGUUUUAAUUUCAAAACUGUCCCCAUACACCUUCUAUCUGUCUCUGUACCUUCAUCUCAAGUUUCCUAUCAGACUAUUCUACUGUUGCAGUCAUUGUUCUUCAGUGUGUUAAUAGUGGUGUUCUUCAAGGCUCUGUUCUGUCACCCACUCUUAUUCUAUUACUAAUCAAUUAUCUUAGCCAAACCUGUUGUCCUAUCCACUCCUAUGCUAAUGAUAUUACUCUACACUAUUCCUCAUUUUAUCUUAGACAUCCAACCCUUCAGGAAUUAGGUAAUUCAUGUAGGGAAGCCACGGAACACCUUGACUUUGGCUGAGUAAAUUUAAUGGUAUUUAGUGCCUCAAAACCCAAUCCUUCUAUUUAUCAUGACAAUACACCCAAAGUUGGAGCAUGCUACAUUCUUAUGGUCUCCACAUAGGAAGAAAAAUAGAAGGAAAUUGGAUAGAAUAUAGAGGACAGCAAUGAAAAUGGUCCCAGAACUGGAGAAGAAGACUUAUGAAGAGAUACUGCAAGAAAUGAGAUUAACAACAUUGGAAGAGAAAGCAGAAUGGGAAGACUUGAUAACAAUGUACAAAUUAAUAAACCAUAUGGAAAAUAUAGAUGGACAAGUUUUGGAGAUGCUUGUAAAUGAGGGAACAAGAUGUACGAGAGGACAUACAAAAAAGAUUAAGAGUAAAUAUUUCAGUUUCCUGAGUUGAAGCACUGAUCCUUGGAAUAGAUUAAGUGAGGAAGUGGUUACAGCUAUCAGUGUGAGCAAAUUUAAAUAGAAAUUGGAUAAUUGUAGAUAUGGAGACAGGACAAAUGAGCUUUAGCUCAGACCUUGUACAAUACAACAAGGUAAUUACCAGAGCUGGGCACUCUGGUAAAUACCAGAGCAGGUCAUUUCAGCAAUUGCAGGUCAUUUUUGUUUGUGGAUUUGCAUUUGUGGCAAAAUCCCCACAAAUUUACUUUUGCAAAUACAAACAUACCCACAAACCACAUGCAAGCUGAAACUUGUUUUGGAUUGCCAAAGCUUGCCAUAUCUGAACUGUCAAGUUGGCAACUAGAAGCUUCUAGAUCAGGCCUAAUGUUGCCAACUUAGCACUUUUGACGCUAAAUAUAGCGAUUUUCAUAAUAAUCUAACGCCAAAGAUUUAAGUUUUUUAUUCCAUAACUAGCCUCCUUUUUUGUUCUAUUUAGCGCCAUACUUCAAAAUAUUCACCUGCAAUUUAGCGCCUUUUUUUUCUUAUGCUGGUGCCUUGCAAAAUUUUUUGUUGGCAACUCUGCAUUGUUGCUGCUGCCCUGCACACGCCUCCUUCAAUCCUUCUCCACAUUUCCAGCCAGUCUGCUGUGUCAACUCUAUUGUUAUAGUAAACAUUUUGGGUGCCUUAAGUAAGUUAAAUUUUUUGCAUUUAUAUUAUCAAUUUAAAUAUUACUGUGACUCAGUGAGUGUCCUGAAUUAAUAAUUUAACUUAUUUAAUGCUUUUUUCCACUGUGCAAGUGGGUAGCCCAGGCAGGGCACAACCUAGGUAACAUAACAUUAAAAUAACAUUAAAAAUAAUAAUGAUAACAAUGAAAUAAAGUUAAUCAACAUAUCUAUUUAUUUAUCUAUAUAAUAAUUGAUGAUCUGUCCUUUUAAGUUGUUUUAACUUUAAGUUGAUUUUAAUGCCAGUGAUUUUACCAAAUUUCCAUCUGGACCAUAGUGCAUCAUCAUGAAUGAGGACAAUUUCCCUGGCUUGUGACUAUGUUAUACCUUCCUUGGCUAUUAUACACCUAUGGGACUCCCUCAGUGAUAAAAGAUAUUUUGAAACCCACCUUUUCUACAAAUCAUUUAGUAACUUGUUCAUAUAACUGAUCCUUUCUUUUAAACUAUGUGUGGAACCAUAGGAUGGAUUGGAUAUUUCCUCUAAUGUAAAUUGAUUAGGAAAAACUUUAAAUCAUCUGUCUUUUAAUAAUUAAGGAGUUGUGGUAUUGAUUUAAUGUCACUAUUUACAUAAGUUAAGGGCCUAUCAUUUAUAGUGGAUUCUAACUGUAAUAUAAUAGUGUAUAGUUCAUCAAAUGUGACAAAAGCCUUGUCAAGGACCUUUCUUAAUCCAUUUUUUACUGUUCCUAUUAACCUUUCCCGUAUGGCACCAAACCAGGGGUUCAAGCUAGGAUGAAUUUCCAUUUACAAUUAACUGAGGUCAAAUAAUUUUUAUCUGAGGGUCUAGCAUAAUUUUCUUGAUGUAAUUGGCAGCAGUGAUGAGUGAUGAAGGUUGUUACAUUGUCACUUAAUAUAAGUUGUGGUUGACCCUGUCUGCUUGUGAACCAUCUAAAGGCACUGAGGAAGUUUUGACUUUUUAAAUACAAUACCAGUUCUAAAUAUAUGGGUGUAGUGGUAGUUUUUUUUUUGUUAUGUAGGAAGGACACUGGCCAAGGGCAACAAAAAUCCAAUAAAAAAUAUGCCCACUGAAAUGCCAGUCCCAUAAAAGGGUCAAAGCAGUGGUCAAAAAUUGAUGAAUAAGUGUCUUGAAACCUCCCUCUUCAAUGAAUUUAAGUCAUAGGAAGGUGGAAAUACAGAAGCAGGCAGGGAGUUCCAGAGUUUACCAGAGAAAGGGAUGAAUGAUUGAGAAUACUGGUUAACUCUUGCAUUAGAGAGGUGGACAGAAUAGGGGUGAGAGAAAAAAGAAAGUCUUGUGCAGCGAGGCCGCAGGAGGAGGGGAGGCAUUAGGGUUUCCUGUUUUUGGGAUUUUAUAGCAUCCCGGGAUUCCGGGAAAAAUCAAGACAUUUCCCGGGAUCCCGGGAUUUCCCGUAGCAGAUAAUGUUUGCUAAUACUCCUUCUCUAUCGUAAUUCGUAAA